AUGCUCUCGUUAUUUCGCCCGGUUUCCUUGUGCCGUCACGGACAUCGACUACGGUCGCUACACUGUAGUGCUGCAUUGUUUGCAAAGAGGAAAUCACUGAAGACGUUCCAUUUGGCGGACAUUGGCGAAGGAAUCACUGAGUGCGAGGUUCUGAAAUGGUCCGUCAAACCUCAGAGUCCUAUAGGAUCAUUCGACCCAUUGUGUGAGGUCCAAUCCGAUAAAGCAAGUGUAGAAAUUACCAGUCCGUUCGAUGGGGUGGUCAAGGAGCUUCUGGUUCAAGAGGGUCACAUUGCUAAAGUCGGAGAAGGCCUUUGUGUAAUUGAAGUAGAAGAAGACGCUGAUUCGGCAUCGAGCGGUGAUGAGCCUGUUUCGGCGCCUUCUUCCACCCCAGAUACAACCUUGCAAACAAAGACGACUUCUGCAACCGAGGGGUCGUACACACCGCCGUCUCCUACACGAAGACACCACCCAUUGGACCCUGCUCGUCCUGCUGAGGCGCUUUCAGCAGCGACGGUCCGACGUGAUGAAAAGCAUAAGGGCUUUGAAAAAGGUGGUAAUCAAGCACUGGCCACUCCUUCGGUCAGGCAUUACGCCCGCUCUCAAGGCAUUGCGGAUUUGGAUGCUCUGAUGCCGGGAUCUGGCCGAGGGGGGCGGAUUGAACGAGCCGACAUUGAUGGCUAUCUCAAACGGUCUCAGAAGAGCGAAACUUCUGCAGCUACUCCUGCGAAGAAGGAUCUUGGACAGGAUGUGGUUAUUGAGAUGGGCAGAACAAGAUGGGGAAUGUGGAAGAGCAUGACCAAGAGCCUAGAAAUACCUCUCUUCGGAUACUCGGCAACAUUGGACCUUACAGCUUUGAAUGACAUGCUACCCGUCUUAAACGCCCACAUUCCCCGGGAGUAUUGCCCGCCUCCACCUGCGGCUGAGCAUCCUCCAUCCAUAUCGCCUGAUUCCAUAUUCUCUGGCGCCCCAGAAGCUAAGCAGGUGUUAAUGGCGUCAUCAGACCCCGCGAUACACUUCAAGAGAAUGACUAUGCUUCCCCUUCUACUGAAAACGCUCUCUCUCGCAAUGAUGGAAUGGCCUGUCAUGCGCACUCACAUUAACCCAACUACUGAGCCAUCGGCAAAACCCAACCUGACUGUCCGACCAUCGGCGGACAUCAGUAUUGGGCUCUCAACACCUACUGGCUUGUAUACUCCAACUCUUGUCGGACUGAAUACUCACUCCCCCUAUGUCAUCGCUGGAUCGUUGGCCCGCCUUGCCUACCUCGGACGGCAAACGCCAUCAGGUCUAACCCCCGCUGAUAUGCCCAAACGAGGCGGAACUUUGACGGUGUCCAACGUUGGAGCGAUCGGAGCGGGCAAGUGGGCUGUACCGAGACUUGUGCAAGGAGGCGGGGUUGCGAUUGUUGCAAUAGGGAGGGCAGAGUGGGUUGUCAAGCCUAGUGGAGAGAAGAGACUCGAGGUUGGUGUCAGCUGGAGUGCGGAUCAUCGGAUUGUCGAAGGGGCAGAGCUCGCGGCGUUUGUUGAGAGCUGGAGAUCUUGGGUAGAGAACCCAGCAAGACUAGUUGGAGUUGGCCGGUAA